GUUUAGCUUUUUGAGCUUUUAGCUUAUGUUUACUUUGAUUUAAACGAUGCUUUAAAUCAAAUAAAGCAUUCAAUAACACAUGUACGCUAAACAACAUUAAACUAAGCAUUCCGUUGUCAGUCUGGGAAAUGUAGUUCUUCCCGCUAAACGUAGCGUCUUACGUCAUCUUUGUGUCAUGUAGCUAGCUACCAGCAGCACGUAUCGGAUAAGGUAUGGCGGGGUUGUGGAGCGGUCAGGACUCGGUGUCAGAGUACCUGGAUCAGAACCCUGAGCUGGCGCAGUGGGUGGAAUCGUUCAGAGGUUAUUGUGAGACUAAUAAACAGUGGUUGGCCCGCAGAGAGUUCAUCCUCAGGAACAUGGAGGCCUUCCCCACCGUGCAGCCAGGACAGGUGAGCUCCAGCCUGGACCGAUUACUGUCUCUGUCCAUGGUGUGGACCAACCACGUGUUCCUGGGCUGCUGUUAUCCUCAGGCUGUGAUGGAAAAGAUCAGGGAGAUGGGAGAGGGAAUUGUAGUCCAUGAAGCUCCUGUUCAUAAAACUACAAAAGAUUUAUCAUCUAAAGGAAAACGCAGCUCCUGCUCAGACGGCGACACUGACCUCUGUGUAAAGAAGGUGAAAUGUGGUGUCGGUCAGAAAUCUGGACCCCUCCCUCAGGCUCCAGCAGAGCACCAACCGUUCUUUAAUCGCCUCUAUAAGGCCGUGGCUUGGAAGCUGGUGUCAGCGGGGGGCUUUGGCCCCAACUUGGACCACUGUGAGAUCCUAAGGAGCUGUGUGGAGUCGUGCAAACAGACCCUCACCUGCGUGUUCGUUCCACUGAAAGACAUAACCGGCCUGCCCGCCGGGCGCGCUCAGAAGGAGGGAUACGUGUGUGAGAUCCGCUGUCAGACAGUCUACAUGGGGACAGGUUACGGGCGGGACGAGACUGCCGCCAAAGCAAUGGCGUCCAAAGAGGUGUUAAAGGUUUUUCAGGGCAGAAAGGUGAUGGUGAAGAUCUGCAGACGAAGGUUCAAUGGAAGAGAUGUGGACGACCUGGUGCUGCUGGACGAACAGCCCCACAGCCAGGGCUUCCCCCCCGCCCUCAGCUACCCCUUUACAGAGCAUGACAAUGUCCCCGACCCCCCUCAUAGAGCAAAACAACCCCCCCCCCCUCAUGAAUCAGGCUGUAUUUGACCCUGCACAGUUCACAUUAACAUCCCUCCUGGUGAUCAGGAGCACACUCUGUCACUCACACCUACAGGUACCUUUGAUGUGUCCAAUCACAGCCCAUGUCUUUACUCUGAUAGCUCUGUCACCAGGACAAACUAACAGGUGUGUUGACAGGUUGGAUCACCUGUCGGGAUCAAAGCAGACUUUGUUAUAUAUGUUUUUAUUUGUGAUCAGCUUUGAUUUGUGUAUAUUUACCUGAGACGGAGCACGACAUCAUCACACCUGUAACCUUUAACCUUUAACCCUCUUUAUCCUGAAUGAAUUAGUUCACACUCCUCCACGUGUUCUGAUGAUGAGGCGAUGGUGUUGUCGUCAUGGAGACCAGAUGAUGUACAGUGGUGUUUUCAUGGCAGCGUGGUGUGUUGAUUAACCUGAUUUAAAGAGUUUAAACACGGAGCGGUCUGAAGCUUUGGGAGGUUUUUUUUAAUUUCACGAAUGUUUGUCAUGUUUCUGCACACACACAGACUGAACUUUACUUUCUUUGAUUUGAUGGAUGUGUCUGAUUAUGAUGAAUAAAUGUACUUUUGAACACAGUGAAA